GCCGCCCCGAGCGCGUCUGGGCGGCGGCUCUGGACUCGGCCUCGCAGGGCCUGCGGGAGGCGCUCGAGCGGCAGGGCCUGACGGUGCCCAGCCGGCUGGCGACGCUCGACGACCUGGAGCCUGAGGAGCUGGCGAUCUACCUCGGGCUGGAGGUCCACGACGGAACGCCUCUCGUAGACCAGGAGGCGGGGCAGCUGCUGGGGGAGCUCGCCGCCCCUUUGCCUCUCGCGGCCGAGGCGGCGGGCUUUGGACGGCGGGCGCACGCCCUGCUCCCCGCGGGGUCACUGGCGGGGGAGCUGGCCAAAUGCCAGAGGCUAGCUCGCGAGCGGGACCUGGAGGCGCUGAUCCGCCGGGCUGCCGUGCCGCUGCCCGCGCCGCCUGCGGAGGCGCGCUGGCCGACGCGCCAGGCGCGGGCCCGUGCUGACGUGGCCCCUGCUAGCACCCUGGCCCAGCUGGAGGAGGCCAAGAGGGCGCGGUUCCAGGGGCGCCUGGUGGACGAGGUCUACCACCUACAGUUCCCGGUGGUCAUGGAGCUCGAGGGCGUGACGGACCCCCGGAAGCACCUGGGCUACUUGGCGGCGGGCCGCCGGGCGGCGACGCUGCAGGCGGUUCUUGGCGAUUGGCGCCGGAUGCGGCAGUGGAUGGAGACAGCUACGAGCGGCCCGCGGCCACGGGGCGCUUCUGACGUGGUCAGCUACCUGGAGCCCCGGGCGGCGGAGCCGUGCGGGAAGACGGUCCUGGCUUCGGCGCUGGCGUCCUUGAGGUUCUUCGAGGAGAUCGGCCGCGCCCCCACGGAGCGCAGGCUGGGCUGCCAUCCGGUGGCCCUUGGCGCGGAGAAGCAGCUUGCGGGGGCGCUCGAGGGGGCCGGCGUCUCGACCGCGGCGUCGAAGGCCCCCCCGAUCUUGGUCCAGGUGGUGAGGGCCUGGGAGCGCCAUGUCAUGAAUGGCGCGCAGCCGCGCUACACGCGGUACUACGCCGGGGUGAGGCGCAUCAAGUACUGGGCCUCGCUGCGGUUCAGCGACGCGAGGUGGGUCGACGAGGUCUACCUUGAGGCAAGGGGCCUGCGCUCGGGCCUGGCGAGGACCAAGACCUCGGGCCCGGGGCGCAAGAUCACCGGGCUGUACGCGUACGUCGCGGCGGGCGCCUACUACAUGGAGAGCGGCUGGCUCGCCGCCUGGUGGGAGAUCAAGCAGAGCUGGCCGGACGCGAAGUUCUUCAUCCCGCUGCCGUCCGCGGACUUGAACGGCGUGGUGGACAGGCCCGCUGGAUGGAACGAGGCUUCGUGCAGUUCCCAGGCCCUCUCUCGGAUGUUGCACGCUGAGGGCGGCGAGUGGCUCAUCCUGGACGACGAGAGGCUCCUCGGCGACGUGGCAGGUCGCUUCUGGUCUGAGCACAGCGAGCGGUGCUGCAUGGCCAGCGCUGCGGCAGCCCUCGGCAGGGGCCGCGCGACGAUCGACCGUCUGGGCAGGUGGUCGGCGUCCAUGUCGGAGGCCUACGUGAGGACGCAGAGGAUCAUCGUGGAGAGGCUGCAGUGGGAGCUGGCGAUGCUGGUCAGGAAGGGCGGCGGCGGCCCGGACUUCCUCGACGAGGCCACCGCCCUGGACGCCCUCGGGAAGUUCAUGGCGGAGCGCGGGUGCGAUCCGCAGGAGGUCGCGCGGAUCAGGGGCCGCCUCGUGUACUUCGGCGACUACCCUGGGCCGCCAGCCGUGCUGCAGGAGGCCAAGCAGCGCCGGGGCGAGCUGGAGGACGUGCUGAUCGAGAUGGCGACGUCCAGCGAGGAGGACACGCCGCCUCAGGACUACGUGAUCUCAAUCUCGCCGAAGGGCGCCAGGAGGCUCCACCAUAGGGGCCGCUGCUACCGCGUCCCGGGGGUGGACUACCGCCAGCGGCGCGACCUCGGCAUCUUCGCGCCCGCGCCGUCGGAGUACAACAUGAUCUGUUACGCGCGCUGGCCGGGAGGCGCCGUGGACCAGGGGGCGCAGGACAGCUCGCCGGAGAGCAGCGACGCCGAGGCGGGGGCCGAGUUCGACGUGGCGGUUCCCGCCCUGAGGCCGGACAGGCUCGCUGGCGGGGCCGCGGAGGCCGAUGGAGUCGACGAGGAGUAG